AUGGUACCUAAGCAUGAAGUGAUGAAACCAGCUGAAAAAGCCGCUUUAUUAGCUAGAUAUCGUCUUCAUGAUACUCAACUUCCUAGAAUUCAACUUAAUGAUCCAAUAGCAAGAUACUAUGGUUUAAAAAGAGGUCAAGUCGUAAGAAUCAUUAGACCAUCAGAAACAGCUGGUCGUUAUGUCAGUUAUCGUUUAGCAAUGUAA